AUGGUGAUUGAAAUCAUGACUGACCGAGGCAGUGGCAAGAAAAGGGGCUUUGCCUUUGUAACAUUUGACGACCAUGACUCCGUCGAUAAGAUUGUCAUUCGGAAAUACCAUACUGUGAAUGAUCACAACUGUGAAGUUAGGAAAGCCCUGUCAAAGCAAGAGAUGGCUAGUGCUUCAUCCAGCCAAAGAGGUCGAAGUGGUUCUGGAAACUUUGGUGGUGGUCGUGGAGGUGGUUUCGGUGGGAAUGACAACUUUGGUGGUGGGGAAAACUUCAGUGGUCGUGGUGGCUUUGGUGGCAGCUGUGGCGGUGGUGGAUAUGGUGGCAGUGGGUAUGGCUAUAAUGGAUUUGGUAAUGAUGGAAGCAGUUUUGGAGGUAGUGGAAGCUACAAUGAUUUUGGCAAUUACAACAAUGAGUUUUCAAAUUUUGGACCCAUGAAGGGAGGAAAUUUUGGAGGCAGAAGCUCUGGCCCCUAUGGCGGUGGAGGCCAAUACUUUGCAAAAGCACGAAACCAAGGUGGCUAUGGUGGUUCCAGCAGCAGCAGUAGCUAUGGCAGUGGCAGAUUUUAA